AUGCCCAAGGCCGAGGAGCUGGACGGGAGCAGCAGCUCGGAGAGCGGCCCGGAGGAGGACGGGAAGAAAAGAAAAAAAGAAAUGCUAUCCAAGUCAGAGAAAAAGCUCAAAACUGAGGCCAAACCUCCAAAGGUGACAGAAAAACCUUCAGGACAAAGCAGUGAGGAGGAGGGAAUGUUCCAGAUUGGGAACAUGCGCUACGUCAGCGUGUCCUGCUUCAAGGGGAAGGUCCUUGUGGACAUCAGAGAGUUCUACACUGACAAGGAGGGUGGCAGGAAACCAGGGAGGAAAGGGAUUGCCCUGUCUGCAGAACAGUGGAACCAGCUGAAGGAGAUCAUUCCUCAGAUUGAUGCUGCAGUGAAGAAACUGUAA